AAGAAUAAGAAGGGAGAAUGACCGAUAAAUCAUGCUCCAAAAGACUUACACGAUUUUUGGGUGUUUCCUUCGAUGAAUAGAAGAAGUUUUUCCACCAAUUGAUUGGUGUCAGAUGAGACAUGGCAAUAUAAGAUGGGUAUGAUUGUUUAGUAGAUUCCAGUUUGACGUCAAGGAAGUCCCUGAAGUGCGGAAUCCUCAUUGCAUUUGCCCCGUUUUCUUUUUCCUUGUUCAAGCUUUCACUUCGACUUCUCUAAUAAAGAACAACCUGUAAUCACAUUAAUUUUUGCUACAGAUUCCUCUGCUUGUAUUAUUAAACAGGUCGAUCCAGAUGAAGGGAAUUGCGUUCAAUUGAGAGAAUUACAGUCUACGGUGUCGUCUCAGAUCUCUCUCGUUUUCUAAUUGAUAUGGAAUGCUGAAUACAGUUUUAGAGGGACCCAUUUCGUAUUUUCCGUCGCUGGGUGAUAAUUUCCGUUCCUUUUAUUGUGAAAUUGGUUCUUGACGAGACCCAUUUCGGAUUUUGAUGUUAGAUCUCUGAGGUUGUGUGGGUUUUUAAUUCUGAAAUCGGGACGAUUGUUUGAUCUCUGGAAAAGGAUUUUAGAGUCUUACUCAUGAUGUACUGCAUGGGGUUGUCGAAUUUUAUAUUAGAUCUUGGCCUGGUUUUCCCCUGAUAUGGAUUGCAGAGCGGAUCUGGGAGUACUCUUCUUCAGAAUAUGUUAUUUUUUGUGGGAACUGUGUAUGUUUGCGGGGACUUGAUUGAUGUAAGACUGUAGAAGGAAUUCGCGCGCUUUUGUUUCCGAUCUUAUCUGGAGGUGAUCUUGGUAAAACUGUUAAGACAAAAAGCAUGUUUUGGAAGGAACGUGAAAGAGAGAACAAAGAAUCCAAUGGCUCUCCUCCUCCUCCUUGUGGGCAGGUUCGGGUACUUGUUGUUGGAGACUCAGAUAUUAAACUUCAAAUUCAACCAUCUGCUGGUAGGUGUUGGAAAAACUUCACUUGUUCAUCUGAUUGUUAAAGGUUCUUCCAUUGCUCGCCCUCCUCAAACAAUUGGAUGUACAGUUAGUGUAAAGCACAUCACUUAUGGAAUUUCAGGUAGUUCAUCUAAUAGCAUUAAAGGUGAUACAGAGAGAGAUUUCUUUGUUGAACUUUGGGAUGUAUCAGGGCAUGAGCGGUACAAGGACUGCCGGUCUCUUUUCUAUGCACAAAUUAAUGGUGUUAUUUUUGUUCAUAAUCUCUCCCAAAAAAGGACAAAAACAAGCUUGCAGAAGUGGGCAGCUGAGGUUGCAGCCACUGGAACGUUCUCGACUCCUCUUGGAUCUGGUGGCCCUGGUGGUCUUCCUGUCCCAUAUAUAGUUGUUGGUAACAAAGCAGAUAUUGUAUCAAAGGAGGGCCAAAGAGGGAGUGGUAGUAAUCUUGUUGAUGCUGCUCGCUUGUGGGUUGAAAAGCAGGGCUUGCUUCCAUCCAGUGAGGAACUUCCACUGAUAGAGAGCUUUCCAGGCAGUGGAGGCCUUAUUGCAGCUGCCAAAGAAGCAAGAUAUGAUAAGGAAUCUCUGAUGAAAUUCUUCCGUAUGUUGAUCAGGAGGAGAUAUUUUUCAGAUGAGUUACCUGCAGCAAAUCCAUGGUCUAUAACACUAGCACAGAAACCCUUCCAUCGUUCAGGCGAAAACUUGAGUGAUAAUGAUCACUUCCAGAAUAAUACAAGUUUAAUUGGUGACCCUUAUAAAUACAGUGUAGUACCUCCCCUUCCAGCUCAGCGAACUCUCGCUCCACCUCCCACACUUUAUCCUCAGCAGCCAGUAUCUGUAUCAGACAAUUACAGCCUCCCAAGAUUUGUUCUGAAUGGAUCCCCAGAGAUUGGCAACACCAGAUCAAAGCGAACAGAUAUUAAUGUCUGAUUUCUCAGUCUUGCCUAUAUUGUCUUGGAGAAAGCCCGAGUUCAACCAACUUUCCCUACACUGAUUGGGGUUGAAAAGAGGGGAAUAUAUGUGUAAUUUUGAUUAUUUUUUAUUCAUUUGUAAGUUGUCCAUUUGGUUAAUAUCUGUAAUUUAAAAGUUGCAUUAAGAUUUGGUUGGAUGUAUAAUGAUUGAUUACUAUAACUGAAAGUAAAGGCCAUUUUCUCAACAAUCAA